AUGUCAAAGAAUUCUCAGAGGUCUUCGAUUCCUACAUCGCAUACGCUAUGGUCUCCUUCGGACACGGUCAAGGAUGCUGCGGAGUCUUUAGGGAUCUUUAAUUUGAAUGAGGAGGCAGCGAAGAACCUGGCAAUGGACAUUGAAUAUAGAAUACACGAGAUAUUGGACCAGGCAUCAAAGUUUAUGCGUCACGGUAAGAGAAGAACUUUACACACUAGCGACAUUGAUAGAGCGUUGAAAGUUUUGAAUCUAGAACCUCUUUAUGGUUACGAUGUCUCCAGACCACUGGUUUUCAAGGAAGCUUUGGUCGGAGCAGGACAGAACCUGUAUUAUGUUGACGACGACGAAGUAGACUUUGAAAAGUUGAUCAACGAACCUCUUCCAAAAGUGCCUAGAUUCAGCACCUUUACAGCGCAUUGGCUAGCUAUUGAGGGUGUUCAACCUGCUAUUCCUCAAAAUCCUUCCCCCAAUGACAUUAAGAAUAUCUUACCCAUCAACAGAGGGUCAAUGGAAAACAUGUUUUCUCUCAUCAAUGAUGAGGUCAAGGAGGACACCAAUGAAGAAUUCACAUCUACAGGUCCCUCUGUCUCAUCUAAUAUUUCUAAUCAAAAGCAAGGACUGGAAGUUAAGCCUUUGGUGAAACAUGUGCUUUCCAGGGAAUUACAACUCUAUUUCGACAAAAUCGUGGAAGUUUUGCUCAAUCAAGAAGAAACAAAGGAAGCAGAACUUUUGCGAAAUAGCGCAUUGCAAUCUGUGCGUGCUGACCCUGGUCUUCACCAACUAGUUCCAUAUUUCAUCCAGUUUAUUUCUGAAACAAUCACAAAGAACUUGAAAAAUAUUUCAUUACUGUCCACGAUGUUGGAGUUGAUAUACUCACUGCUUAUGAAUGAGUCACUCUUUUUGGAACCUUAUGUCCACGCUAUUAUUCCAUGUAUUCUCACUCUUUUACUAGCCAAGAAAAUAGGAAAUGUUGACGACGAAUUACAGAAGCAACAACAACUUGCUCUUCGUGAACUCAGUGCUUCCCUUUUGGAAAGGGUUAUUGAAGAUUUUGGAUCUAGUUACUCAACAUUGAAACCUAGAAUCACAAGGACUCUUCUUCGUGCCUUUGUUUCUGUCAACAACACAACCCCAGGAACCCAAUAUGGGGCACUAUUAGGGCUACGAGGCUUGGGAAGUGAAGUUAUUCGAAUAGUAGUCUUGGGAAAUGUGAUAAACUGGAGCAGCACGUUUUUGGAAAAACUUCAACAGGAAGACCAAGUAUUUUUGAUCGACACACUGAUUGAGACGUUAAGAGUGCUGACUAAGGAGGGUAAACUAGUCAAAGAUAUGAAAACUGAAAAUGGAAUAGAUAAUGAGAGGUUGAAACAGAGAGUGGGUGAUUUAAUAGCUGACAGGAUACAAGCUUGCGACGAUGCUCAGGAUAUAUAUUGGGGAAUAUUUUUUGGUGAGGUAUGA